GUUUCUGUUUUGCAAAGGAAACGGCCAAGGGAUAUGAAGAGAGAGAGGGAGAGAGGAAAGGAAAAAGGCAAAGCAGCAAGCACAGCCCGGCACGCAGGCUCUGAGGAAUAAACACCCUCCCGGCGGGCGCCGUCUCCGGGCUCCGCGAGCCUCAGUCCCUGUCUCUGCAUUUCGGAGAGAGGCACGAGGAGCCUGGUCAUGAAUUAACUGGGUAAAAACUGCCGGUCCCGGUGUCUCUGAGCUGAGCUGUCCCGUGGCUGCAGAGCGCGGUGCACGCGGGCAGGGUCCCUCCCGGAGGCCGCCCCAUCUCCCGCGGACGCGCCGCGCUGCGCCCUGGUUCCCGGGGAGAGUCGCCUCCAGCCCGAGCCGAGUUCGCCGCCGCCGGGCGGUGCGGCUGGGGCGCUGCUGACGUCAGGUUCUGCACACAGUUGUGAUUGGACCUAAUUAGACGCUGCGGCAGCAAAUAGACGAGCUCCCUGCGUGACUGGCUUCAAAGUGGCUGGUGCCAAACAACUCGCAGAGGCGCAAAAGUAGCCGCCCCGCGCCCGCCCGCCCGGAGCCCAGACCAGGCGGCGGCCGCGGGAGCCGGGAGCCGGGAGCGCUCAGGAAGCCCGCGCCCUUCCCGCUUCGGGGUCCAGGGAGCCGCCCGCUCCGCGCGCCCAGCCCGGCCCGGCGGGAGCGGGUCGCCGAGAACCGUCCGGGAGAGAGAGGCAGAGACGCGGCGCGCGCUCCUGCUCCGUCCUGAAAAGUGUCGGCUCCGAUUUUCCAGCCUCAGAAGCUUCGCGGCGGCGGCGGCGGCGGGAAGGAAGCAGCGGAGGGACAGGUGCUGGAGGCGCCCCGGGCUCCGCGACCGGGUGUCGGCCAUGGCCUCGGUCCUGGCAGGCGGCAGAGGCUCCGGAGGGUUGAGCAGUCAACUCAAAUGCAAGUCCAAGAGAAGGAGGAGGCGGCGCUCCAAGCGGAAAGAUAAAGUAAGCAUACUGUCAACCUUCCUCGCUCCCUUCAAGCACCUGAGUCCUGGCACCACAAAUACAGAGGAUGAAGACACCCUAAGUACCAGCAGUGCCGAGGUGAAGGAGAACCGCAACGUGGGCAACCUGGCCGCUCGGCCGCUGCCCCCCGGGGACCGGGCCCGGACAGGCGCACCUGGCGCAAAGAGGAAGCGGCCGCUGGAGGAGGGGAACGGGGGCCGCUUGUGCAAACUGCAACUGGUCUGGAAGAAGCUGUCGUGGUCGGUGGCGCCCAAGAACGCGCUGGUGCAGCUGCACGAGCUGAGGCCGGGCCUGCAGUACCGGACAGUAUCGCAGACGGGCCCGGUGCACGCCCCAGUCUUCGCAGUGGCCGUGGAGGUCAACGGGCUCACGUUCGAGGGCACCGGGCCCACCAAGAAGAAGGCCAAGAUGCGCGCGGCUGAGCUGGCGCUCCGGUCCUUCGUGCAGUUCCCCAACGCCUGCCAGGCGCACCUGGCCAUGGGCGGCGGCCCCGGCCCCGGCACGGACUUCACCUCCGACCAGGCCGACUUCCCCGACACGCUCUUCCAUGAGUUCGAGCCCCCGGCACCUCGCCCCGGCCUCGCGGGAGGCCGCCCUGGGGAUGCCGCGCUGCUCUCCGCGGCCUACGGGCGGCGGCGGCUGCUGUGCCGCGCACUAGACCUGGUGGGCCCGGCCCCGGCGGUCCCCGCGACCCCCGCGGCCCCAGGCGAGCGCAACCCGGUGGUGUUGCUGAACCGCCUGCGCGCCGGGCUGCGCUACGUGUGUCUGGCGGAACCGGCCGAGCGGCCGCGCGCGCGGAGCUUCGUGAUGGCCGUGAGCGUGGACGGCAGGACAUUCGAGGGCUCGGGGCGCAGCAAGAAGCUGGCCCGGGGUCAGGCCGCGCAGGCCGCGCUGCAGGCGCUCUUCGACAUACGGCUGCCGGGACACGCGCCCGGCAGGGCCAGGAGGACGCCGCUGCCGCAGGAAUUUGCAGACUCCAUAUCCCAGCUGGUCACACAGAAGUUCCGCGAGGUGACGAUGGACCUCACACCUGUGCAUGCCCGCCACAAAGCACUGGCAGGAAUCAUCAUGACCAAAGGCUUGGACGCUCGGCAAGCGCAGGUGGUGGUCCUGUCCUCGGGGACCAAGUGCAUCAGCGGCGAGCACCUCAGUGACCAGGGGCUGGUGGUGAACGACUGCCACGCGGAGGUCGUGGCCCGGCGGGCGUUCCUGCACUUCCUAUACACGCAGCUGGAGCUGCACCUGAGCACGCGGCGUGAGGACUCGGAGCGAUCAAUCUUCAUGCGGUUAAAAGAAGGCGGCUACCGGCUGCGGGAAAACAUCCUCUUCCAUCUCUAUGUGAGCACCUCCCCCUGCGGAGACGCGAGACUCCACUCCCCCUACGAGAUCACCACAGACCUGCACAGCAGCAAACACCUGGUCAGGAAGUUCCGCGGGCACCUGCGCACCAAGAUAGAGUCCGGGGAAGGGACGGUCCCCGUGCGUGGUUCCAGUGCAGUGCAGACCUGGGACGGCAUCCUGCUGGGGGAGCAGCUGGUUACCAUGUCCUGCACUGACAAGAUCGCCAGGUGGAACGUCCUGGGACUGCAGGGUGCACUCCUGUCCCACUUCGUGGAGCCUGUGUACCUGCAGAGCAUCGUGGUGGGCAGCCUGCACCACACGGGCCACCUGGCACGCGUCAUGAGCCACCGCAUGGAGGACGUUGGCCAGCUGCCCACCUCCUACCGGCACAACCGGCCUCUCCUCAGUGGCGUGAGUGAUGCCGAGACACGCCAGCCAGGGAAGUCGCCGCCCUUCAGUGUGAACUGGGUGAUGGGCAGCACAGACCUGGAGAUUAUCAACGCCACCACCGGGCGGAGGAGCUGUGGGGGCCCAUCCCGGCUCUGCAAGCACGUAUUCUCUGUGCGGUGGGCGAGGCUGUACAGCAGGCUGAGCACACGGACACCCAGCCCCGGAGACACGCCGUCCAUGUACUGUGAGGCCAAGCUGGGGGCGCACACCUACCAGGAGGUGAAACAGCAGCUGUUCCUGGCCUUUCAGAAGGCCGGCCUGGGCAUCUGGGUGCAGAAGCCUCCGGAGCAGCAGCAGUUUCUACUGACUCUCUAGGCUGUGGGCUCCUGGCCGCUGGAGCUGAGACAGAUGCUGGAGGGACGGGCCGUGUCUGUGGGGCGACGUGGCAGGUCGGCCAGUUCCCUGCAUUUGUUUUUCUUUGGUGUUCCAGAAACACACGAGUGUGCAAUGUGUGGAGGAGCAAUGAGACUGGAAUUCAGAACAUGCCUCUUCCCAGAUAGCUGGCCCCAGACCCUGUCCCUACACCGAGGGACACACGCGCUGUGGAGUUGGUGCCGGCUCUCCUGUGGCAUCCGAGGGAGGGGCUCCAUUCAGGUGAAGGGGGCUCAGCUGCAGCCUUGGAAGGAGGCGCCAGUGUGUGUCAGGCGGGAGUGAGCCUCGGCCUGUCCCUGCACCCCACCCCUGUAUGCGCCUCUCGGCGAUGUUCAGGUCUCACUAGCACAGGUUUAUGGGGCUCGUGAAGAUAAGCCACAAACAGAAAGAAAAGCCAUGCCCACCCAGCCCCAGAGAAACCAAUAAGAAUCCUCGAUUAUUUUCAUUAUUCAUUUCAUUUUUUUUACUCCACAUCCUUUCAAAAAAGAUUGAAGAUGCACACCAUUAAAGAACACCUAGAAUAGAACCCGAGAAAUGAAAGCCGUUCCCGCAAAGAGAAGGAACAGUUCCCAAAGCGCUCACAAGCCAGAGUGAAGACCUGUGACAUGGGAAGCCCUCUAAGCACCUGCCCCCUGCACCCUGCAGAGCCGUCAUGCCUGUUUGGCCCGUCACAGCAUUUGGUUUACUUUGGCAGAUACUGAGCACCACAGAGGCUCAGCUGUGUGAAGGUUAGCUACUACCCUGUAACCUCCCUACCAGGUAAUAAGGAGACUUGUUAACUAAAUUUUUAUUAGAAAGCAAGCACAAAAUAAAAUUCAAAACAACCUUUACCUUCAGCUUGAGAGGCUACAGCUCUGCUCUUUCAGAUUCUCCAAUCAGCACCUUGCAGGACAAGACCCCUAAAAAGUUCAGCUGUCAAAAAAUGUAAGAGGCAGGGUUCUGUCACCCUGAGAGCAGCCAUCCAAACCCAGAGAACCUUCAGCUCACAGUGGAGAUGGGACACUGGGGCUUUAGUUCACAGCGUCAUCACUGAGAGUUGAGGUGCUGUAUUCACACAGGAGUCUGGCUCUUUUCCAAGUAUCUUUAGGCAAUCUAUGUGCCUCAGUUGCUGUAAUCUCACCACCGAGAACUCAUUUCUAAUAUUCAUCCUGCUAUGUAGCCACUCUAUCAUUUCUCCAAUUAAAAAAAAAUCCAUCUCUGAAGUUCAUUGUGGUGAUGCUGGCCGGCAAAGCAUGGUAGUGUCCGCCUCUGGGGUGUGGCCUUCCCGGAGAGACCCCGCUGACCACCCCAGAGAGUGCAGGAAUGCAUCGUGCUGCACAUACCCAAGCACUACCAAUUACAGUUAUCAUAGUGAGAAGGCAGAAAUGGAACAAACUGAGUUGUAGCUAUUUGUUACAAGACAAUAAGAAUUAGAGAUAUUAGUAUGGAAAUAGAAACUUUUCCUGGGAUUUAAAAUAUGGCCAAAUUUGUCUCCGUUCUUUUAAAAAAGAAAAUGGGCACUGGAGUAGAUAACUGCUCCAAGAGAAAGUUUCAAAAGAUAUGAGAACAUUUUUGCAAAUAACUCAUUAAUGUUUUACAAAAAUCACAAAAUAAAUGAUAUCUUAAUUCAGUGCAAAAGCUAAGCUCAAAUGGCCAGUUUUGAUUAAUUUCUGGUAGCUUGACAUCGCUAGGAUGAAGCUUGGAGAACUGAGAGCGUGGAGAGUCGAUGGGUGGCUCAGGCACACGCAGCCAUAGAUGCAGGCGCUCCCCGAACAUGUGGGGCACAGCCAGCUCCUGGCUUCGCUCUGAGAUGUUGGCUAGAGAAGCUUACGAUGCUUUCUUCCGGGGGCUCCAAAUCACACUGGUUCUGCAGCGAGCGACCUGCAUUGUAAGCAGCCAAGACGCAGGGUCUGAUUCACCAGACUUGGAAAACACUUGCCCACCCAGUGGCCGGCAGCGGCGGGGUUGGGAUUCAUAUUGUCUCAGGCACUGAAAUAUCUACAUCCACUUCUGCAGAAAGCCACACAUUAAUUCCACACUACCCAUUAGAACAACUGUAUGGAUUUGUUUAUUAAAUCCACAGGAGACUCCAUGGAGGGAGAGAUUAAAGCUCUUCAGAGAAGGUUGAUAGUGAGAGAAGAGUGAGCCAGAAGUGAGUUUGAGGUGCUGGAGCUUUUCCCCAGAGGGAAUGUGGGCUGCAGAAGGGACCCCAGGUAAGGAGAGAGGGGUCCCAGGCCCUGGGCAGUGAAAGGAGAAGGCAGCCAAGGCAGGCAGGGGUGACUCACAUGCAGGGAGGCCAGCGGCAGGUGGGAAACAAAGGCGUCAAGCAGGGAGGGUGGAAGACACGGCACGUCCCUUCCACAAAGCACAUGGGGGGCCAAAUUAGGACUGUACACCACGCCAGAUCACACCAGAUCAUGCCACACGCAGGCUGCUCCCAACUGGCAGGGCCUGAUCCAGCCAGGAGGGGCCGGGUCCCAGGAGACCCACAGCCCAGGUGUUCCUGGAAGAGCCAGUCACCUCUGCAGAGAUAGAGGGCUGUGGUGAAGCCUGAGGAUUUCGCCCUCGGGCCAGUCAGAACAUCCCAGCACCACUUUCACUUUCAGGCCAGGUCUUCCCUGUGCUUCCACCGCUGACUUAGUCUUGGGAGUAGCCACGUGCCCCUCUCCAAGUGAGGGGCAAGACAUGAGUAGGACAGAAAGUAGGCACUUUCUGUCACCCUGAAAACAUGCUGGGCACAGCACAAGGGAGGAUGAAGAAGUCAGGGCCCACCCCUCAGAGCCCACCUUGAAAUCUCUGCCCCAGCUUCCCUGCCUCUUGCUACAGAUUUUCUGUGUUCACACCUGCUUAGGCCCCUAUGAAAGUCUUCAUAAAACCAACACCACCUUUAUCUGCCUCCACAACACACACUGCUUUCCCAUCGGGAAGAUCAGCAAUGUGGUUUCCUGCCUGGUUUGUAGUCAGCAAGUCAGUGUCUGGUGGGUUCCAGACAUUUUGCAGGACAGAGUGAAGGGAACGGCCACACGGCCAGGCAGCCUCCGCCAUCCACCUCCAGCCCAGGUUCUGCAGCCAUGUGUGAUGUCAGGGGACAGAGUGAGGGUUUCUGUGGGUUUCAUCUUUGCCCAGGAAAGGAUUUGUGGGUCGACAGCUAUGGUUUCCCUUCCGUUCCUGCGAUUCUCUUUACAACUGUACAUAUCUAUCACAUUGUGCUGACUUUGCCAUGAGUCCUGUUCCUCAGAAAUGCCAAGCUGGGUUUCUUUUCAAACAAACAGCUCCAUUUUUCCACCUAAUGUUGUGUUCACAGAAGGUUUUCUUAUCCAUCAAGUUACAAGCUUUUAUUCGGUACAGUGUUGACCACGUCUGGAGAGCCAUAACCGUAAAUACAUAGGAUAGCAAUGCCCAGAAUAGUUCGAGUAUUUUGAUGAAAUCCUAUUUUUAGAUAAUAAAUUUUAAGAGGUGUCUAUAGUAUCUUUAAAACAAAGACGUGAGGCGUACAUAAAAUAGAUAUUUUUAACUUAGGGAAAUGUCUAUGCCCAUUUUUUAAGAAGCCAUUCUAAUAAAAUAAUCUGACAAAUUGGCCCAAAAUACAGUAAGUCUCUUUCUGAUGGAGACCAAAAGGGAGUGAGAGCCUUCUUUUUAUGUACUGUGGUUGGAUCCUCGGGACACCUCUCGUCACGCCCUUCCCACGGCCCUCAGGGAGCCUGCAAAGUCCCUAAUCCCCAUCAGGGGGCCACAAUCCCACACACUCCAAAGCCUGUCCUCACCUGGGGUUUUUGCAGAGCUCAUGGUUGGAAGUAGGAAUUUAGAAGCUGUGUUGCAGGAGAGGCGUUAGCACUCCCAGGCAGUUCUUGGCAGGGACAGACUGCCCCCACCCUGCCUCGCUAGUGGUGUUUUAGGGUCUCGGGCAGACUCACCACCGUGUGGAGCUAGGCGGGAGGCUGGAGGACACAAUGUGGGCCUUGCCACCGCCCGGGUCCCUCACUGCCACCCGGGUCCCUCGCCACCACAGGUGCAGGGCUGUUUCUGGAAACACUGGCUGCUGGUGGCACCUGUCAAACUUCUCCCACAAAUUCUGAAUCUGGUAAAGUGAAGGAAGGACGGUGGCGAGGUGAGGAGGCAGGAACAGAGGCGACAGGGGCAGGGACCAGGGAUGGGAUGAGGACACAGCAAGCUUCCUUCUCAUGCCGCCCGGGAAAGAGGCGGCCAGCACCACCCUCUUUUCACUCUGCCCUCAGCACCCACUUUUACUUCCCUUCUCGCCUCCUUCUUUCCUCCCCACCUCUUCCCUUUCUUGCUGUCGUGUGUCCUGAAACUCCCGGCUCCUUUGUUCUGCUGCUGUGGCCCCCCAGGAGGAGGUCGUCUCGGGCACCAUCCCCCCAGGGAUCCAGCAGCAGGUUCAUGCUUGGGGCUGGGGGAGCCCCGCUGGGUUCCUGGCGCCUUGUGCACAGGGUGUCGCUGCAGUCCUUUUGGGACUCUCCUGGAUGUGUCCACACAGUCUGACCUCCCACCAGAAGGAACACUGGUGGCCACAUCUCUAGAGAGCUAUUUACUUUUUUGAGACCGGGUUAUGAGACUGGCUAAUUUUUGUAUUUUUGGUAGAGACAGGGUCUCACCACGUUGCCCAGGCUGGUCUCAAACCCCUGGCCUCAAGUGAUCCUCCCGCCUCAGCUUCCCAGAGAGCUGGGAUUAUGGCUGUGAGCCACCACGUUGGCCUCUAGAGAUUCACACCAAACAAUAUCACCCCUGCAGGGAACCACAGACAGAUAAACCCUGGUGAGAGAAACACCUUGUUUCCCAGCUCAUCAUCCUAAAGAUGAGACGGGAGGGAUGAGUGUCCCCUAAACAUGAAGAUGAGAUCACCUGGGUCCCAGUGCCUCUUUUCAAACAGGUCCUAGAUUUCUAUCACUCUGCAGUUUAUGCAUCAUUAAAAAAAUCUCUCCCAGUGCGCCCCAUCAGUUUUCAGCAUUUUGUAAGCAAAAUGAACUUAAUACAUAGUAAUUCUAAUUGAAGGUAUGUACAUAAAAAGCAUGAUUGAAUGGCAAUACUGUAUCCAUGGGUGUACAUUUGUAAUAUUUGUAAAAAAAAAAUCCAAAACCUUAAAAUAUGAAUUUACAUAUGUUAAUUUGCCUCUAAGUUCUGUAAAUUGCACUUCAGUGAUAUCUGAUAAGUGAAUGUUUCUGUUAAGUGAAUAAAAAUAUUAGGUAAAAUUGUC